GCAAGAAGGAGAGAGAGUCCGAUUUGCUGCAAGACUGUACAGAGUCCUCUGGGGGCAGCACUACAGAGAGUGAAGCCCUCCACCAGCAGCAGCAGCAGCGGCAGGAGGAGGAGGAGGAGGAGGAGGAGGAGGCUGAGAGAACCUGAGCGCGAGAGGAGGAGGUGCGAGCUAAUGGCUCGAGGCAGACGGGCGGCUGCUUGGGGCAUGUGCUGGCCACGUGGCACGUGCUGCUUGCUCGUGUGGUUGGCAGCGAUGGCGGUCGUCAUCUUCGUUCCUCUCCCAGCCGCCCGCGGCGAGGACACAACACUUGUCCGAGGAGAGAAAGGAGAAAAAGAAGAAGAAGAAGAAGGUGCAGGCACGGCUGCCGGCUAUGGCGCCCGCGGGGGUCGUUACGACCACACUGUCAGCAGGUUCUUGGGGCUCAACGAAGACGGCGAUCCUCUCGGCUCCACCGACGAGAAGAAGCUAGCCGAAGCCAUCGCCGACCCGAAGGUGUCGUUCUUCGUCCUGCAGAAGAACAUGGCCAUACUCUCUCCUCUCCCUAUUCUCUCCGGCAAGAAGUUCUCUGUCAUAGGUAACUGCGGGUCCGAGGGUGGUCGUUGUGUGAUCAAAGGAGGCAGGAAGACGAAUGGAUUCGUCACUGGCGACGCCGCAGGGACGACUCUCAUCUUGCAAGAUCUAGAGAUGGUUGGUUUCACGACGGCCAACUCGACGAGCGGGAAUACCGGCGCGGCUGUGUUCAUCCCCCUUGGCGGCCAUUUGGUUGUCCACAACUGCCUGUUCUGGUCGAACAGGGCAGGUGCAGGCGCCGGCAUCCAUAUCCGGAGAGGGAGCUACAAGAUCAGCCAUAGCCAGUUCGUGGACAACGUAGCGGAGGUGUUGGGAGGAGGGGCCAUUCUGGCCGAUGGCGGUGCGAGGGGGAUCGUGACGGGUACCAAGUUCCACAAGAACCGGGCACCUCGCAUGGGUGCUGCCUUUGUGGGAAUCGGUGGGACUGUCAGCUUCACUACCGUCGAGUUUAAGUCAAACGAGGUCGGGUUCUUCGGCGGAGCUAUCUCCAUUAACGACGUGUCUGCUACCUUCCUGAACACCAGCUUCGUCUCCAACUCUGCCAAGGAGGCCAUGGCCAAGGGAGGUGCCGUUCGCAUCCUCUCCCGAUCGGCAAAUACCACCUUUUGCUGCGACACCAGCUUCUCGCACAACACGUGUCCUCAAGAGCCUGACGCGGGAAACGACAUCCACAUAUCUGGCGAUGGCGGGGAGGUGCGGUUCUGCGGGGGGGCGAUUCCCCCCCAAUGGCAUGUGAAAAUUUCGGGCAACGUCAUCGUCACCACCGUCCCAGACACUCCGGAUUGCACGCAUGAGCCAGAGCCGGAACUCUGAAAAAUAGGGGGACCAGUAAACAUGCGAGAUCCUC